AAUAAAAUGGAAUCAAACCGAAUAAAAUCAAAUCAGUCAUCGACCUUCUGGCAUGCGAUGGAAUGGGUAUAGACGGACGGUGUUUGAUUAUGCUGUGAUGAAGAAUCGUCGCAGACACCGCCCCCAUAUAUAAGUUUUCAAUUUCGAGAGAAGCAUUUGAAAAUGCCUGGACUUACAGGACCCUCGGAUUAUUCGCAGGAACCACCUCGUCAUCCUUUCCUCAAAAUCAAUUCUAAGCAACCUUUUAACGCUGAGCCACCUCGUUCGGCCCUGGUUAGCUCUUAUGUAACGCCAGUGGAUUUCUUCUACAAGAGAAAUCAUGGACCCAUACCAGUUGUUGAUGAUAUAGAAAGAUAUUCUGUUUCCAUUAGUGGUCUGAUAGAUAACCCCAUAGAGCUGUUUAUGAAAGAUAUCUGGAAGCUUCCAAAAUAUGUUGUCACUGCCACUCUACAGUGUGCUGGUAACAGGAGGACUGCCAUGAGCAAUGUCAAAAAAGUAAGAGGAGUUGGCUGGGAUGUUUCUGCUAUAGGAAAUGCUGUCUGGGGUGGUGCCAAAUUGGCAGAUGUUCUUGAACUUGUUGGGAUAUCCAACUUCACGGGUACCACAAACUCAGGUGGAAAACAUGUUGAAUUUAUAAGCAUUGAUAAGUGUAAGGAGGAGAAUGGGGGUCCUUACAAGGCAUCAAUUCCGCUUAGUCAGGCUACAAACCCUGAAGCUGACGUUUUACUUGCUUAUGAUAUGAAUGGGGAGCCUCUAAACAGGGAUCAUGGUUAUCCACUGCGAGUGGUUGUCCCAGGUGUUAUAGGUGCACGUUCUGUCAAAUGGUUGGAUUCCAUUAACAUAAUUGCAGAAGAAUGUCAGGGCUUCUUUAUGCAAAAGGACUACAAAAUGUUUGCCCCAUCAGUGAAUUGGGAUAACAUCAAUUGGUCUACAAGGAAGCCACAAAUGGAUUUCCCUGUACAGUGUGCAAUUUGUUCUUUAGAGGAUGUGGCUGCAGUGAAGCCUGGAAAGGUGAAAGUCAGUGGAUAUGCGGCAUCAGGAGGUGGCCGUGGAAUUGAGAGAAUAGAUGUGUCUGUUGAUGGUGGCAAAACCUGGGUGGAAACUUUUAGACAUCAGAAGACUGGUGUCCCUUAUAUUGCAGAUGAUAUGAGCAGUGACAAAUGGGCAUGGGUACUUUUUGAGGUCAUAGUUGACGUGUCACGCAGCACAGAGAUUGUUGCAAAAGCAGUGGAUUCAGCAGCAAAUGUCCAACCAGAAAAUGUGCUAGAGAUUUGGAAUUUGAGAGGGAUACUUAACACUUCGUGGCAUCGUGUUAAAGUCCAAGUUGGUCACUCAAACAUGUAGACCAUGUUUGGGUUUGGUUUUCCAUAUCCAUAUGGUACUAGAAUAACAUUCCUAGUGCUUUGACAGUGCUGUUAACUAAGUUGCUUAAGCUUUUAUUUUUCAUAUGUAUAGACAUGUUACCUUUUAGCAUCAGUGUGACUACUGCUCUUGACUUGUGAUAAUCAAUGUUGAUCAAAAUAACUUGUGGUAAGGGGAGCCUAGAAAAGCAGUCUCUCCAUUGUUGGACAAUGAGCUAUGAUGUUGAAUUUUGUAAAAUAAUUACUGCUUGGUUAA